GGCGGCGGGGGAGGCUUCGGCUUUGGCGGAGGCGGCGGGGGUGGAUUUGGAUUUGGCGGAGGUGGCGGCGGCGGAGGGGGAGGAAGCUUCGGGGGCGGAUCGGGGUUAGGCCUCGGAGGCGGGUCGGGAGGAGGCCUUGGAGGCGGGUCGGGAGGAGGCCUUGGAGGGGGUCUUGACUUUGGAGCUGGCUUGGCUGGAAUUGCAUCUGGAUUAGGCGUGAUCCGCGAUGGUGUGCACGGAGCACUAGACAAGGCAGCUGCCGGAUUUCACAACGCUGGAGGACUCAAGUUCAAUAUUGCAGCUGGCCACAGCGGCCAUGGUGGACUCGGCUCGGGUUCAGGAGGUGGUGCCGGAUAUGGUGGGGGUUCUGGCCUCGGUGGCGGCGCUGGUCUUGGAAGUGGAAAAGGCACAGAAAAAGUGAUUUACACUUCAUCUGAAGAUGGAAAAUCAGGUGGAUUCGCAUUCACUGGUACUACAGGAAACGGUGGAUACGGAGGCGGUGGUGGAUUCAGUAAUGGAGGUGGUGCUGGAUAUGGUGGUGGACUAGGAGGUGGCUCUGGAGGGGGAUAUGGAAAGGGCUCAGGAACAGGAGGGAGUGGAGGACUCGGUGGAAGUGGAGGUUCUAGUGGCGGAAUUAGUGAGUCCGGAGGUUAUGGAGGAGGAUUAGGAGGCGGUAGUGGAGCAGGCUACGGGAGUGGAGGAGGAAAAGGCUAUGGUGGCUCUGGAGGAUCAAAUGGAUAUAGUGGAACAUCUGGUGGCUUAGGAGGAGGCAGUGGAUUAAGCAUAGGAUUUGGAGGAGGCCUUGGAAGUGGCUUUGGAGGUGGUUCUGGUGGAGGCCUUGGAAGUGGUCUUGGAGGUGGUUCCAGUGGAAGCAUUGGAGGUGGUUCCGGUGGAAGUAUUGGAGGUGGUUCCGGUGGAAGCAUUGGAGGUGGUUCGGGUGGAAGUAUUGGAGGUGGUUCGGGUGGAAGUAUUGGAGGUGGUUCCGGUGGAAGUAUUGGAGGUGGUUCCGGUGGAAGUAUUGGAGGUGGUACUGGUGGAAGUAUUGGAGGUGGAUAUGGAGGCUCUUCUGGCUACAGUGGUGGUCUUGGUGGGGGCAAUGGAGGUGGUCAUGGAGGAGGUUCCGGUAAAUAUGAAAGUGGUACUAGCGGUGGCCUUGGCACUGGAUAUGGUGGCUCCGUGGGUUUCGGAGGUGGCCUUGGAGGAGGAAAUGGUGGUGGCCUUGGAGGAGGCCAAGGUGGUGGCCUUGGAGGAGGCCAUGGUGGUGGCCUUGGAGGAGGUCAUGGUGGUUCCGGUGGAUACGGAGGCGGGAUAAGCAGUAGCCUUGGUGGUGACCUUGGAGGAGGUAGAGGUGGUGGCCUUGGAGGAGGCAGUGGUGGUGGCCUUGGAGGAGGCUUUGGUGGAUCUGGUGGAUAUGGCGGUGGUGCCAAAAGUGGUCUAGGAGGAAACGGGGGAAACGGUCAAGGCAGUUAUGGUACUGGCAGUGGUCUUGGUGGGGGCAGCGGCGGAGGCCUUGGAGGAGGAUAUGGAGGUGGUGCCGGUAGUGGACUCGGUGGAAGCGGUGGCUAUGGAGGUGGUCUCGGCGAUGGUUCCGGCAGUGGCCUAGGAGGUGGUAGAGGAGGAUGUUCAAAAUGUGGUGGCUGCGCGAGUGGGUCUUGCGGCGGUGCGGGUGGAUACAGUUCAGCUCACGCGAGUGCUUCUGCCAGCGCGAGUGCGUCUGCCAGCAGCUACGGAAAGUGAUCACUUCUCCACCCACCCGACUGAUGUUAGCUGUAACCAUUACGAGACGUUUCUAAUCUGUACUAAAACCUCUUUGGAGUCGGUACAACAUUUAUAGAAUUGAAACUAGAGCUGUGAUUUUAAUGUAAUAUAUAGGUUUUAUAAAAAAAUAUAAGCAAUUAUUUUAA